AUGGCAUCUACCAGCGCCAUCUCACGGGUCCCGGCUGAAGUCAUCGCCCACAUCCUCUCUCAUGUGGAAACGAUCGAGGACCUGACCGUCGCUAUUCGAAGCCAUCGCGUCUUCCUCAACGCCUUCAACGACGGCCCCUACUCAAUUAUUAGCGCUAUUGUUAAGAGCCAGAUUCCAAGCGACGCCACUCCUCUUCUUGCCGCGUUGCUGGAGUCUUCCCGUAUCGACCAUGGAGCCGGCAUAGAGAAAUCCCGCGAGAUUCUGGAUCGCCUCGCAAGCGCUAUCUCCGAUCCCAAUCAGACCACAUCGCUCUUCGUCUCAAAACUUUCGCUCUCGGAGCUCGCAUUUUGCAGUCGAAUCUACGCUACUGCUGAGUCGCUUGCGCAUAAAAUGGCCGCUGAGGUGAAGCCCAUCGCCAUCCAGAAACUCGAUUUUGGAUACUCUACUUUACAGCACCUCACCUCAGCUGAGAAAGCUCGACUUGUCAGGGCAUUUCUACGAUUUCAGCUCCUGUGCGAUCUUUUCUGUCCUCCCGAUAGUGCCUGUCCUUUAUCGAACGACGGUGACACUUUUGACGAGCUUGCAUGGCAUGAUGUGGAUUGGGGCGAGUUGCCUGUCGAUAACCGUAUUGAACCGGAUGACAACUUUUGGUUCCAGGGUUUUCUUUCUAGAGGACUCGGGUUCCUAAGCGACAUUGCCCGUACUGACUCAUAUGCCUCAUGGGCUCGUCUUUUGCGACUGGGUGGUGGUCUGGUCCGGGAUUCCGAACGAAAUCCCUCUCACCAAUUCUAUUACCGGUUUCCUGACCAUCGUCUCGUUGAGGCCAUUGGCCUACCGGACUUGGAUACGCCGCUGCAAGACUGGACAGCGGGUCAACUGCGGUCUCUCUCUCAACGGGGAGACGGGUCGCGGGACUCGACGGCAUCGAGCUCGUACUCUCUGUGGUUCGGGGCCAACGCUGGACGCUCCAUUUUCGGGGAAAGCUCUCAUGUGCAAGAGAUGGAUGAUGAUACGAAUCUGUGGGAGUUGGGCUACAACGUCUGGGACUGGGAAUUUCAAGAUUCCGCUCCCUCGACGAGCGUUAUCAGAAAGGCUUGCCAUGAGGCGCGAUCCAUGCCUCCUCCUUUCAAGCCAGACAUGCAGUUCGAUGAUGAGGUAAUGUUACGAUCUCAAAGGCAGCGCUCGGAUAUAUAUUUGGCAGGAGGAUGCGGCUACUGGCCGAUGGACGGUGCGAUUGAUUUUGGGGGCAUACAAGGGUUGAGCCCGGACAAGAUAGCAGAUCUGCUGUACAAAUGGGGCAUUGAUAUGGAUGUGUAA